AUGGCUGUCACCCAGUCAGCCGACAAAGGACUUCCGUGGUGCCAAAAUGGAAUCAUCCCGAGGGGCCCCAGCAGGGACAGAGGACAGGUGGGGCCACCCACAUCACCUCUUCUCUCCUGUUGUAGCAGCAAGGAUCUGCCAAGCAAGACGGAUGGCUCCCCCUCACCAGGACCAAAUCUUCCUCCAGCGCAGCCACCGCCUUACUACCCUCCUGCAGGAGAUCCGUUCUUUCCCAGAGCACACCCUGAUGCCCCACAAGCCAUCCACUCAGCCACAUACAACACCAUGCUGCGGGCAUCGACCUCCAUGCCCAUCCAGGCCAUGUGCCCCUACUGCGGAAACUAUAUUGUCACGGUGACCGCCCCGGUUCCAGGACUGCUCACCUUCCUGCUGUGCUCCAGUCUCUUCAUAUGUGGGUGCUUCGUGGGCUGCUGCCUCCUGCCCUUCUGCCUGAACACCCUGUUGGACAUCAAGCACUCCUGCCCGGUGUGUGGCCACGAGCUCUUCUACCACCGCCGCCUGUGA